CGUCGCUUCCAAUCCAACUUGUACCUACUUCGUUUGGAUUUUUGUAGUAGAGGUGCCUUUCUCUAAACUUGCAACAUAACGUAGCUAUUAGUUCAGUGUUUUCAAUCAAGAAAGCUGGCGGGUGUGCAAAUGUGUUAAAAUUGUAGUGGUAGCGUUAGAUUACAUGAAAACUACGUCUUAAUAACGUUGCUAAACAAUAAAAUAGUUAAUGAAAUAGUCAAGGUAAGUGCUUCACGUUUGCUGUGUGGUAUUACGAACGUGAUAAGGGCUAACUUAUUCCUGCGAGUUUUCAUCUUGAAAAUUUCCACUCGUGAACUUUCAAAGUAAAGUUUCUAGGAAGUUCUUUGUUGACUUCAAACUUUUUCGGAGUUCGCCGUAUCGAGGGAACGAUGAACUUGAACCAACAACAAGUGGCAUGAAAAGUUAGCCCAGAAAAUAGUGAAACUUAGGAUUUUCGUCGCCAUUUUAUUUUUUGUAGUACUGGAAAAGCGGCCAUUUUCUUUGUGCCGCGUCGCUUACGACAAGACGUAUGUGGUCCGUAAAGUUAAAUUAGUUAAGUUGGGGCGUGAUCUCAUCUCGUCAUAUGAAGUGAUUCGGGCUACGGGCGCGGCGAGUGGCAAACAUCAUGGAUGACGACCAACAGUUCUGCUUGAGGUGGAACAAUCACCAAUCAACGUUGGUGUCCGUAUUUGACACUCUAUUAGAAAAAGGCAUUCACGUGGACUGCACCCUGGCGGCAGAAGGACAGACUCUAAAGGCACAUAAAGUGGUCCUAUCAGCGUGCAGUCCGUAUUUCGAGAGUGUACUAUCUCAGCAAUAUGAUAAGCAUCCGAUAAUAAUAUUGAAAGAUGUGAAAUAUGCAGAGUUGAGAGCGAUGAUGGAUUAUAUGUAUCGUGGAGAAGUGAACAUAUCGCAGGAUCAGCUAGCUGCAUUAUUGAAAGCAGCAGAGUCCCUGCAGAUCAAAGGGCUGAGUGAUAACAAACCAUCACGACCGCCCUCUCGCCCCGCCGCGCCCGCCCUGCCGCCGCGACCGCCCUCACCAGCACACCCGCCACAGGUCAGAGACGGCAGCAUAGACAGUCGCGAAGGUUCCGCGAGUCCCACGAGGCGCAGAAAGAAAGCGCGCCGCGCCUCCACCGAGAGCGCGGCGCCGGGCGUGGGGGCGGGGCCGGGCGCGGGGGCCGGAGUGGGGGUGGAGGGGCCCGCGGGGAACGGGCCCGGGGCCGCGUGCAAGGAGGAGCCGCCGCGCGACAACGUCGAGGACCUCACGCUCGACGACGAGCCCGACGACCCGCCGCACUCACACAACGACGUCGUACGCAAUUUUCAAUGGCACAUGGAACGAUCUCAAGAUGAAAUCAUGAACUCAAACGACAGCGCCAGAGACUCGCAAGUUGCACAGUUUUACACUCCUUAUAUAUUGGGUUAUGGUAACCCGGGUUUGAGCAGCGGUAAGGCCGGGUGGACACUGUAUGAAUGCGUGGAUUGUGGAAACAAAUAUAAGCACAAAGGGUCGCUCCAGCGGCACAUAAAGUAUGAGUGCAGAAAACAACCGAGUUUCAAGUGCCCUUACUGCGUGUACCGAGCCUAUCAGAAGCAUAAUCUAUUGCUGCACGAACGACAUCUACAUAAAGACUUGCCGGAGAAAGUGGACUUCGUGUCAGAAUGACCCGCCGAGGUGUCAAUUUGUAAUAAUUUGCAAUUUUGCAAACGCUGAAUGAGAGUUUAGUCAACCUCUUACUUAUACAAAGAAGACUUCAAGAAUCCAAAGGAGAUAAUUAUAGAAGUGUUAUUUAUAACGUUAUAUAUUUGCAAAUAAUUUAUACUUAAUUGCCAAAGAAUGACCGGUUAUGUUUUCAUGUUACUGGUUAAUCUAUAUUAUUAAAAAUUAUUAGAUUUUUUUAUAUAACGACUGUUUCAUCUCGCUUUAAGAACAUGUUGUGUUGAAUCAUGUUUUUCACGAUUAUACGCCCCAAUUUGCUAACUGAAGUUAUAAUAUAGUGUUAGUAGAUCCUUCGAGCCGGAUAUAAAGAAAUCUUUUCUAACAUAUUAUGCCACCAAAUUUGAUGCAAUUGAUUGCAAUGAAAUCUCAUAAAUAUUUAUCUUUCUAUUUAAGAUGCGUCCAACAUUUGCAUCCUAUUUUAUUUAAUUUAAAAGAUUGGCGUUAUUAAACUAACAUAAUAUUAAGUAUACCGUGGCAGCUACGAUGUUCCUUUUUAUUUGCCGUUAUUUAACUCGAAAAAGAUAAUAUUGUAUAAAAUAUCUAACAUCCAAAUUAAAUUAGCUCAUGAUUUAGUAAGGCAAAAUAUUCUGUAAAAUUGUAUGUAGUACGUAGUAUUAUCUCUUGUAGCACUACUUAAUUAAUAUUUCAUUAGUAGAAGUUAAUUACAAUAAAGACAAUUUUAUUGACAUCAGUUGUGGGUAGGUAUCACAUAAUUAUAUAUUUCAACAAAAACUGGUCAAUUCUAUCAUCACACAACUGGUGUUUGUAAUUAGUUAGGAUAAAAUAAAUAGCUGCCAUUAAACGAAGAUUCCGAUGUAUCGAUGAAUAUACACACUAAUUAUAUAUUAAAUUAUCAAAUUGCUUAAACUUGCUGCCCCACGGUUAUAUAAUAGUAUUUUUUUCAGUUCAAUUCGCAACCAAAUGAUCAUUAAUUAAAGAGUUGUGAUGUUCGCCCGACAUUCGUGUGAUUAACGGACCAAUAAAUUAUUAAACAACUUAUAAUAAAACUAUUAAUAAAUAAUGUUGAAUUAUCAAUUUGUUACAACUAAAGAAGGUAUAAAAAAGUUAAUUUAUUAAAAACCGUAGGGCAACAUGGAACAGACGGAUCAUUGAAUUUCUUAAUAUAUUCUGAUUAGCAAAUAGAUAUGUGAACUGUUAAUUUUUCAUGCGAGUUAUUGCAAAGGACUAUAAUUAAGAAGUGUUACGCAAGACAUUGUAUGUUUUCGAUUAUUUUAUAUGCUUAUGUGUUAGUCGGUAUUUUUUUAAGUAACUAUACAUAUUGUUAUAUAUUUUCUUGUUCUUGUUAUUAAUGUUUUAGCGUGUGUUCCUUGUUACCAAAGAUAUAAUAACUGUACAGUUUUGCCAUACUUAAUGUUUGUAUUAUGGAUACAGUAUUCUUGUUAAAUUGUAUAUUUUUUUGCAUUUGUUACUGUUAUCUAAGUUACCUUAUAAAGUGCAAAUUAUAAAUUCUGCAAUAUUUUAAACCAAAGAAUGAUGCAGUCAAUCCUCAGGAUUGGUAAUGUAAGUGCCUUAAAAUACAAUGAAAAUGAUGAUAUUGUUUUCUAAGAAAAAAUAUUUUUAUAGUUAAGGAAACAAGUUUUGUAAGUUUUUUAAGAUGAAAGUGUGGAUUGUUGAAACUCCACUAAUAUAAUAUUUUCAGUGUUUAUUGAUUUGAAUGGAAUAUAUAAGUAAGCUUAGAAAUAAGGAAACUUGUUACGUAAUAAUAUUUAAAAAAACAUGAACCCACCCACCAAGAUAAGAUUUUGAAAAAUAUUUGUUAAUAAUUAUAAUUUAACUAAACCAAAUAACGAGACAAUUACAAAAAUAUGUUUCGAAACUACCACUCGAUUCUAAUAAUCAAUCACAUAGGCAGCUGGUGGCUUAUGGUACAGUCGACUGCACUCGGGUUAUUUUAAACAGUAAUGCAUAGUAGAGUAACAUUUAUUACUUUCUGGUAACCUGAUGUGCUGAUAUUCCAAUUUAAAUAUUAGUUUUUGAUUAAUUGAAUAUAAAUAAAUUUGAUAAACUAAUUAUGUGCCUUCAGAGUCGGCAUAUUUAUCAUACCAAUAUUUUGAGAAAUGGCUGUUCACUUUCGAAAAUGUAAUUCCUUAAUUGUACAGUCGACAACACGUCAGGUUAUACAAAACUCUUCAAUUUCCCCCACUCGAUUAUAACCUAAAUAUAUUAUAGUCAUAGAGCCAAAAUCGAUAGCGGAAAUUCGAC